ACUGAAUUACGAAGAUGGGUGACGAUUUUUGCGCUCUUCAAUUUAAAGAUUGCGCUAUAAAUAAGCCGCAUUUCCGUCGUGACUAUUUCAAAAGUGAAUUUGAAGUGUAACGUUUAACAGCGGUGCAAUUAAAAUAAAUUUAAUUAAAAUAUAGUAAAAAAAGAUAAAAUAUUAAAAGAAAAAAUUAAAUUAAAAUGCGUUUAUUACAAGAGCACCAAAUCGAUUUUAUUGAUCCUUCGGAAUUAUUGCGGCCAGAACCCACUUUCGCCGAUAAAAGUUUAUCGAAAUUCCGUGAUUAUAGUGUAGAUGAAACAGAUCCUCUCAAGGAACGUGUACGUCAAACUUACCGCCUUAUGCACUUAAAUCAAACCGUGGAUUUUGUUCAAGGACGUCGUCAGAGAUGGUUGCAAUAUAAUACCAUGAAAGCCACUGUACGUGAAGCUCUAGAGAAACUUAACGAUUUAAUUGAUGAAUCUGAUCCCGAUAUUGAUUUACCCAAUAUUGUUCAUGCUUUCCAAGCAGCUGAACGGGCACGUGAAGAAUUUCCCGAACUCGAUUGGUUACAUUUGACCGCCUUAAUUCAUGAUUUAGGCAAAAUUAUGGCUUUCUAUGAUGAACCUCAAUGGUGUGUAGUGGGUGACACUUUCCCCGUAGGUUGUGCUUGGGGUGAUAGUAUUGUCUAUCGUAAGGAUAGUUUUGAGGGUAAUCCAGAUGGUAAUAAUCCCCAAUAUAAUACAAAGUAUGGCAUGUAUGAACCUAAUUGUGGCGUUGAUAAUCUUUUAAUGUCUUGGGGUCAUGAUGAAUACAUGUAUCAAGUUUUGAAACAUAAUAAAACAAAAUUACCCGACAUUGCCUGCAAAAUUAUUCGUUUCCAUUCGUUCUACCCCUGGCACAACGGUGGUGAUUAUCAGCAUUUGGCUAAACCAGAAGAUGAGGAGACUAAGAAAUGGGUGCUGAUAUUUAACCGUUAUGAUUUAUACACCAAAAGUGAAAAGAUACCUGAUAUUGAAGCUUUAUGGCCCUACUAUCAAUCAUUAAUCGAUAAAUAUCUUCCCGGCGAAUUGGAAUUUUAAAAUUUAUUAUAGAAUUUAAUAUAAAUUUAGUAAUAAUUUUAGUUAUAUGUACAGUUGGUGGUAUAUUAAGAAACCUGUGAUUUAAUAUACAAAUACAAAAACACAUAAAAAAUAA